AUGCCUGGCAGAAAGGCCAUCGUCAAUCUUUACCCGCUUAACAUAUCGGACGUCCUUCCAUAUCGUUCCUUGACCUUCACGUCGGACUCCGAUCAUAUCGAGGUUGGCCGCGCCUCGAAACGUGAGAGGAAGAACCUCAUCCCUACCAACCACAAUGGAUUGUUUGACUCUCGCGUGAUGUCACGGAAUCAUGCAACGUUACGUGUAUGUUUAAACAACAAGACUCUCUAUCUCAGUGACGGCAACUCUAUGCACGGCACCUGGGUGAACGGCGAAAAGGUACGCGUUGGGGAGGACACUAUCCUUAGGAACGGCGAUGAGGUGGUUUUUGGAACAGAAGUUGUCCGUGGCCAUGAGACUUUCCCUCCACUCAAAGUUCGCUGUGAACACCAGUGGAUAGAUUCUGGUGACGAGGUUGCCUUAGAUAUUAGUAACAACCACCAGCCGAACCGGGCAACUAAUACGUUCUGUGUUCCUGACGAGGACGACGAUGAUGACAAUGAAGUGAUUUAUGAUUCAAUCCCAGCCCCAGUAGUGACGGCUGUUGAAAGUAGCUCUGAGUCAGUAGACUCGGAUCUUGGCUCGGAUUCGGAUGACAACUCAGUCAUGGAGAUAUCCUCCCCAGUUACUUCCCCGCCUAAAGGUGGUGACUUCAUCGGAUCACAGCAAAGUCCGAUUGAUGUCGACAGCGAACAGGCCGAACAGCCUCUUGCAACCCCAAGAAUGACUCCACCCUCAGCUGUUGAUAUCGCAGAAGGGGCCAGUAACAAGGUUCAAGAAAAAACCUCCUAUGUCAUUCAUAACCCCGAAAAUACAAUAGUCCUAGUUUCUGAAGAACAAUCGGUUGCUGAACCUAGUGAUUGGGAGAGUGAAGAGGACGACCAAGCUGAUUCCAUGGAUGACUCAAUGUCCGAGUCACAGUCAGCAUAUGAUGGCGAAGAAUCUGACCCAGAUAGGUUUUCCGUGAGAUUGAACCCUGAUCCAUACAUGACUAUCAAUCAGGGUAUACAGGCAGACACGACUUGUGGCGAUUAUGAUACUUCGACUACGGAUUUCUAUUCGAAAGGCAAGAAAGCAGAGGCAUGCAUACCGGAUCUCACCCGUCAGACCGCGGCCAGCUGCGGAGUUGGUCCUCUCUUUAACAAUACCUCUCCGAGCCUUAAUGAACCGAGUACGCCUUGGUCGGCCACUGCCAGAGAUGACACGAACUCCGGCCUCCCUUUACAUCCGGGCAGAAAAUUAUUCGAUCACUCAUUGGCCGGGUUCCAUUGCACUGCUUUCACACAGGCAAUGGAGCCUUGGCAAGCACAGGCUGCUCACGGUCCUGCCUACCCUUUUUCAGAUCACUGCAGCCCACGCCCUCCUUACAAAGAUGGUCCAUUUGUCAACUCGCUGUCCCAGUUUGUUGAUAGUAAUCAUCGAGAUAACACUAUUGUCCCUACCGCUACCGCCCCUGCUCUUGGUAACGAAAACAUGCAGAACCGUUCUACUGAUAUUGAGAUCCGUGGAACGGACGCGGGUGACGACACUGACUUGAGUAAUGUUGGCAUGCAAUCUUCAUCACUUCUAGAGAAAAUAUGUGGACCAGAGUAUGAUGCCUUUUCAUCAUCCCAUAAUGACGUUGAUCCGUCGUCGUCAAGGAUCCCUGGGCAGGGGCACAAGAGGAAAGCAAUGGAUGCAGAGAUAGAUUCUCAGGAUGAGGAUAGCGUUGUUAUUCAUGAUACAUACCCCUGUACUGAGAGCGAUUGCUCGGUGGGUGAGAAACCUACACUGGAAGAGGUUGAUUCAUGUCUUCCUGAUGCCCAGCCACAAAUCACUGUAUCCGAACUGGGAAACAUACCAUCACAACUCACUGAAUUACCUGCCACACACGCAUCUCAAUUGUCCGAUAGCCAUUCCCUUUCUAUUCCAGACAAAGGAAGACCGUCGAAGCGGUUGAAGACCACUACAACAGCGAAUAUCAAGAGUCAUGCUGCUAGUGCUGCCCUGGGCGCAGUUGUUGGUGCAGUCGGUACUAUUGCUAUCCUUGCCUCGCUCCCUGCGGAUUACUUUGCUUAG